GGAUUGCGCAUGCUCUAAACGCAGGCUUCAAUUUCACAAAAUCAAAACAACAUCUGGUACGAUUCCAAUGUGACUGAGAAGGACAACGUGGUCGCCGUUUCUUCGUCAUUCUCGGCUUCCACUUGCCGAAUCCAUUCCGGAUGCGAGCAGAAGCAGCUUGCAAUCAAAAUGUUCCGCCUGCACAUAAAACCCGUCUUGUCCAAGCCAAAAGCCACGGCCAAACAGCGUGCUGACAAGGCAAAGGCCUCUCCUGCCAAAGUCAGCACCCCUGCGGAGCCGAAGCCCAGCAACCCUCCUGCGGAGGAAUCGGACGUUCCGUCUGAACCAGAACCGGCUGCCGAGCCCGUGGACAAUGCCGCCCCCGCCGUCGAGCCUGGCAGGACGCGGACCUUGUCGCACAGGUCGCAGGAAGAGUCGGCCAGCUCGGCGGACGAGUCGCGAAAGAACAAGGUGGUGCCUCGGUUCGCCAAGGCAAGGAUCAAGCCUUACGUUCCAGGGGUGAAAAAGAAUUCUGUCAAAGCAGUGUCCGCGGAGCCGGCGGCGCCGCCGGUCAAAGUUGUCCCUCCUCCAGCACCAGCUGUUGUAGUGUCAGCUGAUGUGGCCGAGAUCGCAGAAGCCAAGGUUGUCAAGCCAAGCUUGCCGACCACCCCAGUGCCGGCAAGGACGGGGCCGUCGGCUCAUCUCGUUCCUGCGGCGCCGAAUUGCGUGCCUUCCAAUGAGGAAAAUUCCUCCUCAGAGGACGAAGGGGUCAUAGACCCCUACAACCCCGACCAUCCCUUGGGACACAGGGAGAAUCCCGAAAAGUGCAGAGGGACCAAGAGCCCAUGGGUGAUGAAAAAGUUCAGGGCUGGGCCGCCAAUAGCCAUGAUAGACUAUCUGUUCUAUAAUCCGAAAACCAAUCCCAUGGUAUAUGAGGAAGAUGACACAGUUAUUUCGACAGCCAAAAAAGAAGAGGUAGAGGAAGAUGUAGACGAUCCAGAAGAUGACGGUGGCAAUACAAUUGCUGCUCCUCAACUGAAGAUGGGGCCAGACGGCAAUUUUAUAAUUGACGACAAAAGUUUGGUUAUAGAGUCCUCGACAGCUAGGGAGGGAAGGAAGGCUUUGCAAUCAAACACGGUAUCAGGAAAUAAGAGGCGGUACAACAGAUCCACGUGGACUAAUGAAGAAACGUUGUUCUUCUACAAGUGUCUCAACACCAUUGGAACCGAAUUUGCCACGAUGUCUCGUUUUUUCCCAAAUAGAAACAGGCACCAAUUAAAACUCAAGUUCAAACUGGAGGAAAAACGAAAUUUGAACUUGGUGGAGAAAGCUCUCAGCAUGAAUGUAAAAUACGACUUGUCUGAACUGGAAUUGGAAUUCCAAAAUGUGAGUGAGAAUGCAGCGAGACAGAGGGCGCAGAAACGGAAACCUAAAGAGGCGAAACCGAAGGAAAAGAAGACUAACGAAAAAAGACCCUCAAGGUCGAGAAAAAAGAGAAAAGACUACGUUUAUGAAGGUGGCAGCGCUAGCGACGAGUGCAGCUCCUCGGAUGACGAAAACAACUCGAAACUUCGCGCGGAGAUGAACAACAGCAUGGCUGAGGAUGGCAAGAAUGCGCAGAAAUCUGACAAGAAGAGCCAGAGCUCUGAGAGGUUCGCGUUCGUCGAGGUUGUGCCAAACACGAGCGCUGUGGCGCCGCAGCCGCUAAAUCCGAACGCGCUGUCCGGCAGUCAGAUAAGCCAGCUGAUCGGCCAGCGCGCGGACAAGGAGCAGCUGCGCUACGGCAACUCGGAGCUCGCCUUCCUGCUCAACUCACCGACCAUCCGCGAGAAGGAGAACGAGCGGAAGCAGCGCACCCCGCCAUCCAAGUGCGCUGCCGUACGGAGGAUUGCGUUGGACGAUGAGCAGCAGGCUGCUCCUCAGGGUUCUCCUCAGGCGGCACCAGAGACACCACUGAGGGAGGAGCACAUGGUGGUACAUCAGUUGAUCAGGGAGAUGAUCGACAAGAGGAUGGAGGAGCGAGAUAAACAGGCUGAGCAGGAUGAAACCACGGAGGUGACACCGCAGAUCGAAAGCCAGCCUGAAGAAGAGGAAGAGAGGAACAACAGUGGUGACGAUGACGAGAUGGAGUGCAUCGCUCAGUCUUUCUCAAAACCAACCAAGUCUGGAAGGAUGCCGAAAUUGCGCAACUUGAACAGCGCAGGCGAAGAAGAUGAAGUUGUUAAACCAAAGAGAGUCCGAAAGGUGCCAAUGAAAAUAACGAAAAAGCGGAAAAGCAGAUCAAAGUCCAAGGAUAUUGUUGCGGAGCCAGAGGAACCCGUAGAAGCCGAGGAAGAUGAGGAGGAAUCGGAAGAUGGCCAAGAAGUAACAACUGUUUCUUCAGAGAAUAUUCCAAACUUCAUCGCCAAUGUCGAGCCUGGCUCUAUCGUUGUAAUCAAAACUGCCGUGCCAAAUGAGCCUGACAGGGAAGUUCUGCAGGUUUUCAUGGUUCCUCCUGCGAACCACAGCGGAACCACAGUGGCGCACAACCCUGAUGGAUCCGUGAGCCAAGUGACGAUGGGUGGCACAAACGUGCCCCUUGUGCCAGGUACCAUGAUCAGCCCCGCCACUCUGGUGCCAAUCGUCGCCGCAUCCAGCGGAUCGGCCGUGGUGCACAAUCUGGCAGAGCCAGCUGCGCCUCAAGAAGUUGAUCUUACCCAGCACCUACCCUCCUAAGACUUGAAGCAAAAUACUAUGUAUAAUAUUAUGAUAUUGCCUGCAAGGUGGCGCGGCAAGGCUUGAGACUGACUGUCAUACUUACUGAUGUCAUAUCGGUUUCCUCUAACCCUGCCUUAUUCCAAGCGAAAAUUGGGAAUUUUGGCAGUGCAACUGCUUUAGAUUUAACAGAAUUAACUACUAGUUAAAUUCAUUCGCAAUAAAAUUGAUCUAUAUCCUCUAGUUAAUAUCAAGACACGUAUUGCUUUUAAUAUUUUUGACCAUGAUUGUUUUCUGCGUGCCAAGGGUGUGUGAGAGAUAUCUGAUGCCCAAAAUAAAUAAUUUAUUUAUUGUUGAAUUUUUAGUGUUAGUAGUUAAUACUCUAUUGCUCUCCAUGGAUUACGUACCAAAAAUAUAGUUGUGUAAGCAACCUGCUCGAAAUUUGAGUUGCAUGUCAUGUACUGAAUGUUAAAUAUUAAGUUCCUCACAGAAGAGAUGAUCGAAUUUUCAGUUUUUGCUUUUUGUAACAAUAAAACAACCCUAGAGAGAAA